AUGACUGCCUGGAUAAUCCGUGUGCAAUGAAUGCAACAUGUACAGAUCUUGUGAAUGAUUUUCGUUGCGAAUGUCCGCCAGGAUUUACCGGGAAACGAUGCCACGAAAAAAUCAAGCUCUGUGCGCAGAAUCCAUGCAUCAACGGUCUAUGCGUCGACAUGCUGCAUACUUUGCGCUGCAUCUGUGAACCCGGAUGGACCGGUGAACUUUGCAAUAUUAAAAUUGACCAAUGUGCCUCUAAUCCUUGCUUCAAUGGAGCCACUUGUAAGGAUCAGGUACAUCUUAAUCUUUUUGAAACAUCCUAUGUUUUUGCUUUCACAUUGCCUGUACUGUUGCUCAUGCCCAAGCGAAUAAAUAAAUGAAG